AUGGCCCUCUCCAUGUUUUUGACCGCCACUGUAGUUCUACAGCCCGAUUUGAAUUUCGAAAACUUCGACAACUUCGAGUCGCCUCAAAAUAUCAAAGAGUUUAUGAAUAUGGUAAAUGCGACGUAUGAUGCUGUCAGAGUUCAGGAACGUAUUGUGCUAGAGGAUGGAAGUCACGUUGUUGUGGCCGACAUACUUUUAGAUGACAAUAAUCCAGAACAUAAAAAUGUGGAUGCUCUUCGAGUCAUUGGAACACUUGAUGUGGAAAAUAGUGUGCACUCGGCAUUUCGGCUCAUUCUACCCUCAGAACUUUCAAAAAGAAACAUCGACUCAAGCAAAUGGAAAGUUGAUUGCAGUUAUAUCCAGCCAAACACUUGCUAUCACAUCUGCACAGAAACUGUUUUUUAUUGCGAUGCUAUAAAUUUCUCACGUGACAAUGAAGCUAAUGUACUAUCGUUGGGUCUUGGUGGCGGAAUAAUGGAUUGCUUUUUGCACUACUAUUUCCCAAAGAUCAAUAUCACUGUUGUUGAAAUCAGUGCACAAAUGGUGUAUGUGGCCUAUAAAUGGUUUAAUUUCGAACAAGAUAAUUGUCAUCAUCUAGUGAUUGCCGACGGCGCUGAAUUUGUCAAACAGCAGGCACUGAAAGGUGUACAGUACGAUGCCAUCAUCUUGGAUGCAUGCUAUUCAGAAUCAACGCACAAAAUUCUAUGUCCAACCGAAUCUUUCCUUGAAGAAAGAACUAUUCAACAGUUAUCAAAACUAGUUUCUGAUAAAGGCAUCAUAGUCAUAAACGCAGCACCCGGCACAAUUACUGCAAGCGAGGAGUCCGAGCUUCUCUUGGAAUCUUUCUCAAAGUUUUUCCAGUACUGCAACACUAGAAACGCGACAGGAGAAAACGAAGUAGUUUACUGCAUGCAUCGACCACCCGUCUUACAGAAGCACAUUGAUCUCCUUAGUGUUAUGAGAGUCCCUGUUUGA